AUGUCUUCUGCUAAGGGCAUGGAGGGUUUGGAAAAGUUUACAAAGGUAACAUUAUCAAUGGAUCAAGUGUUAUUGCUGCUUCCUUUAAACGAUGAAGUAGUGGAGGAGCGAAUUGCAGAUGAUGAUGUCAUACUCAUCAAAGGAACUAAAACAACAGGGGUUGUGUCGAUAAUUCUGAGAGGUGCUAAUGACUUCAUGCUUGAUGAAAUGGAUAGGGCAGUACAUGAUGCUUUAUGUAUUGUCAAAAGAACCCUCGAAUCCAAUAUAGUGGUUGCAGGAGGGGGUGCAGUUGACGCUGCUUUAUUUGUGUAUUUAGAGUACCUUGCUACAACUUUGGGGGUCUCGCAAACAGCUGGCGAUUGCAGAAUUUGCUGA